UUAUUAUAUGACGUUAAUCUAAAAAUAUGACAGACCCAUUAAAGAAACAUUUAACUACCCAGCUCGAGCUAUUGGACGAGUCAAGUUUUCAUCUACAGAGUAGCAUCAGUGAUUUUGUACAGCAGAUUAAAACAAGAGCUAUGGGAUAUUUAGACAAGACUUCUGACACCAAUAUGACAAUGAAUGAUUUGCUAAUUUUGGUUACAAGAGCACAAAGCACAAUCAUGGAACACACUUAUAUGUUAAUGGAAUCCACCAAAAUGUACCCUCCCUCAGUGAUUUCAAAAGAACAGACAACACCAGACAGUAAAUGUUUGAAAGACAGAAAUGAAAAUAUUUCAAAAGACUCUACACUUGCUACAGUACAAGAAGAUGGAAAGAAAAAUAUUAUGUAUAUAACAAAGACAUGUGAAAAGUUAAUAUCUAAGCAUGUUGUGUUAUGUAAACUUCUACAACAAAGAUUGUUGUCCAUGGACAAACUGAUUGAAACAUACAAUAGAAGCUAUGAGUCUAGAGAAGAAAAUUCGAUGAAGAAUGAAACUCUGGGAAAAGAUGUUUUGAAGUUGUCACUGAAUUGUCAAGCUAUUGCCAAUUACCAAAAGGAAAUUUCUACACCUGGGUUUAUUGCCUCACAAGGUCACUAUCUCUUGAACCCAUUUGGCACACCUAACAAGACUCAGUACAACGUUUUUACAUUCAGUGCUGUAGAACGUAACGUAGGAAACCAUUUUGAUCCAAACACAGGAGAGUUUACCGCCCCUGUUGAUGGCCUGUAUAAAGCAAGUCUUACAGUAAGACAAAGAGGAUUUCGUACUCUAAAUGCUUCGCUUCUUCUCAAAUCUGGCGGUGAGGUGUCAACGCCCGGUAUUAUUGAGACUAGAGGAAAUUAUCGUGAUUAUUCAACAACAAUUGAGGUUUAUAUGAAAACUGGAGACGUGUUAUGUUCAAUCACUUCCAAUUCACAUUGUGAAUGUACACAUUCUUCUUGUGCUCUUCUUGUUGUCUAG